UAUUACUACUGUUUAGUUGACACUUUAAAAAGUGAAGAUGAAACAGAGGCACAAACAAUCCAACGACUGGCUCUUAGCAAGAUAGGUGAGUAUCUGAGGAAUGCUGGGGGGCUUUUUAAUAGAAUAGAGACCAAUUCUGCUCAGGUUGCAGAACUAAAAGAAAUGUGUAGUAUGUAUUUUAACCUGAUGUCUUUGUUUUUUUCAUCCAGUGUUAAUGUCACAACAUGAACAAUUGGAUAUGCCAUUCCCUAUCAUGCAAAUUUGCUGUUUACAAGGUAUGGGGUGGGCUAUGGCAUUGUCUCUUUGCAGGCUAAAGAGGCCAAACAUUCUGGAGUGAAGGAAGAUUUGACCUUAACUAACCGGUCAAAUGUAAGUACUGCCGUACUGCCACUGGUAAAUGGUGGCAAGUAAUGCGAAGUAAUUAUGUUCGCUCAUUUUACCUCCCAGAACAUCAACCAAUGCCCUCUUCUUAUACCUCACACUACCAAUCAUGUUCUCCACCACACUGUUACCAAUCAAAUGUUUGUAAUUGUGGUAGAAAUAAAGAAAACGAUUUGCUCAGUUGUCAAGUUUGUUUGUCUGGUAUUAACUUUGUGACUUGUGCAAGCAGCAGAGGUCUGACAGAAUCAGUGUUGUGUACACCAAAACAUGUUGUCUGUAAACAGUGCAAUACUCGCUUUGCUGAUAACCUAUCAUUAUCAUCUCAUUUAAAGUUCUGCAAUGCCACUGAGGUAAGAAAGGUAGCUAUCAAGCCAACUUUGAUGACAGUACCUAGUUUAAAGGAAGCUUUACGAAGUAGAGGAUUAAGCACUGCAGGUACUAAGGAAAUUCUAAUUAAGCACCUUGAAGGUGCAUUGGCUGGGGAGGGGUAG